AUGUCCAAGUCGUCCGAACAUACAUUCUUUCCUCCUCCAUCAUCAUCUUUGACAACUCCCAUUUUAAAUCCUGCAUCAGAAACUAUUUCCACUUCAUCAUUUUCUACUCCUCGCAGGCUAUUGAUGUCAAGAUCUCUCUCUCCACAAAACAAAAAUGAAUUUUCCGGUCAAUUGAGCUUAUCCAAUACUAUUGAGCUUGACCAGAAUCAAAAAUCAUUGAAACCUAAACCCAACUCACUAGAAUCAGUACAACACAACUCAGCUCCAAAGAUUGGACAUGCUGAAACUAACAUGGACAUGCUCAGACUACAACUCGAGGCCUAUGAUCGUAUUCAACGCAUACAAGAUCGUGUUUUAUCUGGUCAGGAUGUUUAUUCAGCCACGUCAAGUCAAUCUAAAUCAACGUGUUUGCUAGAAAAUUGGCGUAAAAAAGUAUGGGAAUUGAUGGUGCAACGUAACUGGGCUGAGCUGGAGCACCUUCGAUGUAAAGAUAUAGCAGAGUCAAAGUUGAAAGAAUCUACAUUGAGGCAACAGGAAAUGCAUCGAAUAAAUAUGAAUCUGAAAUCUGAAUUGCUCGAGUUGCAGCAAAACUAUAAUGCUUCCAUUCUGGAAAAUAAUACAGUUCAAAAUCACAAAAGAAAUGCAGCUCAACAACUGGAACGUUCACACUUGAAAUUGCACGAAUUCGACACUGUAACGGAAAAAAUCAAUUUGCUUUCCAAACUAUUCAACGAUCGUUUAAAUAUAAUGAAUCAGCAACUUGCAUACAUGAUCGACAGAUUGCAAAUGAUUCGAGUGAUCCAGGACGCAGAGAAAAAGGAUAAACAUGCACAACAGCGACAGUUGAAGCUGUUACAAACUGAGCUGCAUAAUCUACGUACAGAUCGACGGAUAUUAUUGGAACGAUUGUCAUUGGCCGAAAUGCCAAUGCCGACAUUGGACUGCAGUGUUCAAACAGACCAAGCUUGGAGUCCUGUACUGCAAAAUAAACCUGAAUUGAAUGCAUCUGCAGGCGAUUCAGCUCUGGCCAUCUCGGCAUUGAAAGGCGAUACACCGCAACCAAUUUUAGAUUUAGAUGUUGAUACCAGUAUUUUUAAAUUUGUGAUGGAUUAUACAUUUUGA